AUGUCAGUCUGAUGUGGCAAUAAAAAUUAUCUUGAAUUGAGUUGUUUUGAAAUUUGGGAUAUAAAUAAAUAAAACUUUUCAGCUGAUUUCCAUUCUGUGUCGUUGUUGUUGUUGUUGUUUUCUCCUAAAGAUUUUAUGAGCUGUAGAUUUCUGGUGUUUCAUUGUCGCCUUCACUUUCAUUGAUGUCUUUUUCUCUCUCUCCUCUCUCUCUUUUUUUUCAAUUAAUAAACGGGAAAUCUGUGAUUGGCUCUUGCUGGUUGACGUCACCUCCGCCGUGACGCGUUGGACCCAUUCAUAAAAAAAAAAAAAGAAAAAAGAAAAACAAGAAAGAAGAGUUCUUAGGAUAGACACACACCGAGAGGAGGAAGGAGACAGAACAAGAAGCUGAAUGGAUGCCAUGAUGCGCGCAUAGAAGAGAGGAGGGGGAAUCCACCGCAGGAUCCGUGUGCGCUUUCUGCUGCUGCUUCUGGUGGAGGAAGGCAACGGGAUAGACCCCCAGAGAACCCCAUUCGCUUACAACACACCGAACCUGCGUCGCGGUGCGAUGGAAGACCUUUGCGAGAUGGACUGCACGGUGCUGAAGCGGCUCCUGAAGGACGACGGCGGCCGCUUCCUGCUGCUGGACUGCCGCUCCUUCCUGGCGUUCAGCGCCGGCCACAUCCGCGGCGCCGUCAACGCGCGCUGCAACACCAUCGUCCGGAGGAGGGCGAAGGGCUCCGUGCUGAGCCUGGACCAGGUCCUGGCCGGGGACGAGGAGGUGCGGGGCCGCCUGCGCUCCGGGAUGUACUCCGCCGUGGUGCUGUACGACGAGAGGACGCCGGACUCGGACUCGGUGAAGGAGGACAGCACCGUGACCCUGGUGCUGAACGCGCUGUUCAGGGACUCCCAGGGAACACUUGUAUACCUGCUCAAAGGUGGAUAUGACCGAUUUUUCACAGAGUACCCCGAGUUUUGCUUAAAAAACAAGUCCUUGCCGUCCCUCGCCAGCCAGUCCAGCAUGGACUCCUGCUCAUCGUGUGGGACGCCACACAACGAUCAGGGCGGUCCCGUUGAGAUCCUCCCGUUCCUAUACCUCGGCAGCGCCCUUCACGCCUCCAAGAAGGAUGUCCUGGACAGCAUCGGUAUCUCCGCCUUGCUGAAUGUGUCGGCCGACUGUCCCAACCACUUUGAGGGGACCUACCAGUACAAGUGCAUCCCGGUGGAGGACAACCACAAAGAGGACAUCAGCUCCUGGUUCCUGGAGGCCAUUGAGUUUAUAGAUUCAGUACGGGACUCAAGCGGACGAGUGCUGGUCCACUGUCAAGCGGGCAUCUCCCGCUCCGCCACCAUUUGCCUGGCGUACCUGAUGAAGAGGAAACGGGUGCGUCUGGACGAAGCGUUCGAGUUUGUGCGCCGCCGCCGCAGCAUCAUCUCCCCCAACUUCAGCUUCAUGGGCCAGCUGCUGCAGUUCGAGUCCCAGGUCCUCGCCACCUCCUGCGCCGCUGAGGCGGCGGCCACGGCGAGCCCGCUGCUUGGACCCAAGUCGACCGUGGCCACCGGUUCGACGACUGCCACUCCCACGUCGCCGUUCAUCUUCAACUUCCCCGUGUCGGUGGUGAACCCGGCCUACCUGCACCACAGCCCCAUCACGACCUCCCCCGGCUGCUAAUGGACAGCCUUACCCUGACUAAAAGUGAGAGCAAACUUGGCUGACCUCUGCAGUAUGUCCGUACUUCCAAUGACUCGGAAGCGAGAAGCGUCGCGGUGCCUGAAAAGGACUUUUUCUUUUUUCUUUUUUUUUAAACACACCAGCCAACGCUCCGUCAGUUUUCACAAGACAUUUAUUCCAGUUGACCAAAAAUGAAAACGUCUUUUGUAGACUUGUUUCUUGUUCACGCGGAGUGUUGGACUGACAUCGACUCAAAGACACGCUUUUCUUCCAACGUGCACAGAGACGCACCGCUGACGCACGCAGAAACCCGGACACGUCGAGGCCCGAGCGGCUGCAAAAAAAAAAAAAAACCCUAUCUUCCCCUCGCUCCCACGCACGCGUUCAUGCCUGCCGACUGAAUAAGCUCAGUAUGAAGAUAGCUUGUUUCUAUGGAGACGAGGUCUUUAGGAGAGGAGAUGGACACAGGAAGGAAGGGUGGGGGGGGGGGAUUUUAAGCGCUCCCUCUUUCCUCCUCGGGUGUCCCUCCUGUCGCCGAACAAAGGAGGUGGACGGAGAAGAAAA